GCGCACGAAACCCUCAGCAAAACCCUCACGAAACCCUCAGCAGAAACUCAGCACGUCCGAUCCAAAGAUGAAGUCCUUGCUUGCUGUCGUGCUGUUUAUCGCGGUUUGCGAUGCUUACGGCUCUGAUUCUGACUCUGGGCAAUCGGAACAUUGUGGUCACGGGUACCAGUUUGACAGGCUUGUGGCACCACGAUGCCAUGGAGAGGAAUGUCUUGCUCAUCCUGGGUCCCUCUUUCACCUGGAGUUCACUGGGAAGAAUCACGAAGCAUACCCUAUCGAUGUGUCCGUAUGGGCUCACAUUCAAGGAAUUGGAGAGUCAUUCUACUAUAGCAGCAGAUGUAAUGAUGAUUUUACCAGCUAUCCAUGCAGAGCGAAACCUAAUGAGAGCAUAACAGGUCGCCUUGCAAUCAGGUUUCCUAAAAGUUUUAAACAGGGACCAGCAAGAAUAACCUUCGAAAUCCAUGGCGUCGGGUGUGGUAGGAUGAGAGUCCGAGUGUCCAGUUGAUCUUAAAUUUGGAUCCCUUUCGGAGCGUGGAAAUUCUGCUAAAUACGAUUACGAAUAAAAGCUUCUGAAAAACUUUGAA